UGGGCAGAUGCCUUUGUUUUCAUCAACCUGGCACCACCCUGGGGGAGUGAGGAGCUUCUCUCACACCAGGACCAGUGCCAGGCCAGCGCCAGUGUUUUCUUAAAACACCGAGAAGAGCCCUCAGGUAACUUCCGAGUCUGCAGACAGGAGGAGAAGAUGAAGGAAGAUUGUCCACCCAGUUCUCACGUGCCCAUCAGCGACAGCAAGUCCAUCCUGAAGUCAGAGCUCUUAAGCCUGCUGAAAACCUACAAUUGCUACCACGAGGGCAGAAGCUUUCAGCUGAGACACAGAGAGGAAGAAGGAGCUCUGAUCGUCGAGGGGCUCCUCAGCAUCUCCUGGGGCCUGAGGCGGCCCAUCCGGCUCCAGAUACAGGACGACAGGGAGCGCGUGCCCCUCUCCUCGGCCUCCUGGACCCCCGGACACCCGCAGGAGCCGCCUCUUCAGGAUGGCAGACUCACUGCCCAGGAACCAAGCGCUCAGGCUGGGCCCAGGGAGGAGAGUUCCAGAGAUAGCACAGAGCCCAUGGAGGAGGACGAGGAGACCCCGCAGCUGAUGCGGACCAAGAGCGAUGCAUCCUGCGUGAUCCAGAGGCGGCCCAGGUGCCGCGCACCUGGUGAGGCCCAGAGGAUCCGGCGACAUCGGUUCUCCAUCAACGGGCACUUUUACAACCACAAGACCUCCGUGUUCACUCCCGCCUAUGGGUCCAUGACCAACGUGAGAGUGAACAGCGCCAUGACCACCCUGCAGGUGCUCACCCUGCUGCUGAACAAGUUCCGAGUGGAAAAUGGUCCCAGUGAGUUUGCACUCUACAUUGUUCACGAGUCUGGGGAGCGGACAAAAUUAAAAGACUGUGAGUACCCACUGAUUUCCAGAAUCCUGCACGGGCCCUGUGAGAAGAUCGCCAGGAUAUUCCUGAUGGAAGCUGACUUGGGCGAGGAAGUCCCCCACGAUGUCGCUCAGUACAUUAAGUUUGAAAUGCCGGUGCUGGACAGUUUUGUUGAAAAAUUAAAAGAAGAGGAGGAAAGAGAAAUAAUCAAACUGACCAUGAAGUUCCAAGCCCUGCGUCUGACAAUGCUACAGCGCCUGGAGCAGCUGGUGGAGGCCAAGUAGCCCACAAGCAACUGCCUCUUCUGAAGCCCCCAGCAGCCAGCACACACUAAGUGCUGGUGGCCAAGCCCUGACUGGCCACACCAGCUGCAGAAUCCAGCACCCGUACUUCUGCCUGUCCACCUACCUAGGUAGCAUGAGCCCCAUGUCCCUGGCUCUUGGCUCCAAGGUGAGCACUCACGAGACCCAGACCUAAGCCUGAGGAGCCAGGAACUUUCUGGGUGGGGUCUGCAUGUGAGACUGGCCUGGGCCGAGAGCAGCCCUGAAACUGUGAUAUUGGCUACAUUAUGUAGCUGGAUGGCAUGGCCAGUCCUGUUCACUCCACACCUCUCCGGCUCAGGAGAGCAGAACAUGACCUUGCUUCUGGGGUGUGGGCUCCAUCUGCUCCCCCAGUGCCCAGCCCAGAGCUACUGCAGAACGGCAAGCCCUUAACCUCAUCAAACAUGUGACCCACUAGACCCCCAUCUGCCCUCACCUCAUGCUGCCAUUCAGAAUCUCUGCUAGGAAAAGCAAGGGCUGCCAGUGGCUAUGGGACAUGUGAUGCUCCCAGCCAUCACUUCACAAUGGCAUCCCUGGCCCUCAAUGAUGUCACUCCACGAGCAUCACAUAGCCCAGCGCCCUGGCGGCAGAGGUCAGACCAGGAAUAAGACCACCAGCAGCCCAUCGUCUCUCUGCAGCACUUGCUCUGAACUUCCCCAGCAAGACCUGAAGGGAGUCUUAUAAGGAGCUCUCUGCAAGAAGCGUGUCAAUUUGAUCACACUGACACAUGUGGCAUUGAAAGGUUGCUGCUGGGGUGGGUGAGAGUCCAGGAGCUGUCCAGGGACUGCCAGCAGUGGCUUGAGAAGGCCAUGCUUUGCCCCAUCGCUGCUCUCCUCAGACACCUGUGUGCCUCCUGCCCUCUGUGGGUGUGCUUUCCUCCCCUCUCAAUACUUCCCAUCAACGGGCUGCCAUGGGGGAAAACAUCUGCUUGAGGAGAAAGGGUUUUGAAUUCCCUGGGGCCAGAUACAGAACAGUUUGGGUUCGUCAGCUGAUGAAAAAUUUCUGGAAUGAACAAGAAGGCUUUUGCAAAAAUUAUGCAACAGUUGACUUCAGUCAUAUGAGGUGUUUGUCCAAAACAGAGCAAACUGGAGACCAAAUUCUCCCACUGGGGCCCAUGGAUAGUGGAUUUAAAGGGAAAAACUAUCAAGUCUCCCAAAUAUAGGCAUUCAAAGUGAGGGAGAUUCCAUCGCUGCCUUGUGCAGCGGCUCUUCACCGGUGCCCAUAAACAACAGAGUUUGGGAGCAGCCAUGCCAUUUGACCCCCCGUUCAGGGUGAACGUCACACCAGAAUUGCCCUGACCUAGAGCCGUCUUCACAGAGGCAGGUGCAGAGAUGUCCAGGGGAGGUCCACCAUAGUUUCUGUUGUCUCUGUUCUCCUUUGGCAGCAUAGUUGCCUAGGUACUCAAUAAAGGUGUACUGCAUUGAACUGAAGGAGUUAGGUCCAAGCUUUUUUAUUCUGCUUAUGGGUGUCCACCCUGACCCUCUGCUCUAACCUCUGAAACUCUUGUCCUACGGUUUAUGUGGCCAAGUUUGGCAGAAGAGUCAAAGCUGAGCCACAGCCCGCUGCUCUUGACACGUACAUGACUCCUUCCUUUCCAUGCAUAUCCUUGGGAUUGGUGUGGGGCCUGAGGACAGAGGCAGCUACAGGGUACAGAGGAGGAGUCAUUGGUGGGGGUCUGUGGGCAGCCUGGACAAUAAGCGAUAG